AUGCCACGACGGCACAUCCCCUACCUCUCCUUUCACAAGAGCAUUAUCCGAGAGAUAUGCAGGCCGCAGAAAGAUGACCUCCUCAUCCUCGCAAAGGGGCUGGGCCUCCGGCGCAUCGUGACGGCACUCCUGAAGACUUAUGACCGGAAAGAGGACCUCGUCAUGGUCAUCAAUGCACACCCCGAAGACGAGGCGGGAAUGGGAGACGAGCUGAGUAUCAUGGGCGUGCGCGAGCCGGGGUUGCGUAUCCUCACUUACGAGAUGGGCGUCAAGGAGCGCGAGGAAAUGUAUCGCAAGGGCGGGUUGUUUAGCGUCACGAGCAAAAUUCUCGUCAACGACCUCCUUAAGGGCACGGUGCCGGUCGAGCUGAUUACUGGGCUGGUGGUGCUGCAUGCUGAGACGGUCAAGCAGGGCAGCCUCGAGGAGUUCGCGGUGCGGCUGUAUCGAAGGAAGAACCAGACGGGCUUCUGCAAGGCAUUCUCGGAUGAGCCAGAGCUAUUCGCUCAUGGCCUCUCACCGAUGAAGGACAUGCUCGUGAACCUCAACAUGACCAACGUCACGAUCUGGCCACGAUACAACGAGGCGGUCAAGGAAGCUCUCCAGACGCGACAGGCUGAGGUCGUCGAGAUGUACCAGCCCAUGACGGACCACAUGCGCGAGUGUCAGGACGCAAUCACCGAGUGCAUGGAGGCGAUGCUUGUGGAGCUUAAGCGCGACCACUCGCUCAACCUCGACCUCGAGGACCUGACGGUGCGCAACGCUCAGUUCAAGAACUUUGACACGAUCGUGUUCAUGCGGCUGCGGCCGGUGUGGCACAAGGUCGGGAUGAAGACCAAGAUCCACGUGCAGGCGCUGACCGAGCUGCGCGACUUGCAGACAUGGCUUCUUGAAUAUGACUCGGCGACGUUUGCCGCGUACAUCAACACACUGCAACGGCAGCACUUCCUCGCCCAGAAGAAGACGUCUGGCCCCGGGCAGUACCUGCACGACUGGUUCAACGCCAAGGCCGCAGCACAUCUCGUACAGUCCUCGCAGCUACGUGUGUCCCAGCCAAAAGUGACCAUGGUGGGGACAACACCCUCGCCCAUCCCCGAUGGCCAGUGGCGGCCGCCUGAUUCGGACGCCAUGACGGGCGGACAGGAGUCUCGCGACGAGUUUGAGUUCGAGAUGGAGGCGGUGCGCGAGCUUGAAGAACGACGUGACCUCCCCAUGGGCGGACAUGUUGCCACGGAGGAACAGGGUGACGAAGUGAUGUACGAGAUUGCAACGCAGGUCGAGACUAUUCCGCAGAACAUAGCGGGCAGUGCUGCCGCCGACGACGAUGAGGACGACCUGCGCGAAGCGGACCCCAACUAUCCGCCAGUCUUCCGGCCUAUCGUUCUGAGCUUCAACGCCGACCUCGAGUCGCGCGUCGAGUCCAGGCUUCGUAAGGGACACGAGGCGGUGCUGGAGGAACAGCCGAAGUGGACUCUGCUGGCUCGCGUUCUCAAGGAGAUUGAGGACACGAUCGCACGCGUCUCCGACUCACAUGCCGACCAACCGGGAACGAACACGGUGCUCGUGAUGUGUUCUUCUGACCGCACAUGCCUCCAACUCCGGCAGUAUCUGACCACCAUGGAGCCCACCGACCCUCCGUUCUCCUCCGGUGCGGGAAAGAAGAUGAUGCAGACGCUCUUCCUCAGCAACUGGCAGCAUGAGAAGAACGGGCAGCGUCUCGCCAAUCCUGCACGGUACACAAAUGGUGCGGGAGCAGACCAGGUGCAGACGUCAAAGGGAAUGGAGCAGCGUAUGGUCGAGGCGAGGCGGCGGGGCGCGCCCUCGUUCAAACGUCGCAGGAUGCGCGCCGGCGCGCCAGCCCGGGGACGCCGAGAGGUGGGCAUCAAGGAGUCGACGCUGAGGGAGUUGUCAGCUUUCGAGGGAGGCGAUGUGAAUAUGGAGCAGCAGCAGAUGCAGUGGGCGAUUGGAGACUUGAGACAAGCUGAUGACGAUGCCGAUGCCGAUGCCGAUGCCGAUGCCGAUGACCUGGUAGAGGUGCAGCCACCAGCUCGCCUCUCACAUCGACAUGACACACGCCAUGCACCACCUCCUUCAGCCGCAUCGGCGUUAACGAGCUUGCUGGCCCGUGCCGGUGUACUGGAAGAAGAGGACCUACAACCACGCUGGCGAGACUGGCUCAGCGACCAGGGUCUCUUGGAGGAUUGGGACGAGGAUUAUGGCCUUCUGGCCCCUGAGGACAGUAUCAUCAUCCGCCCAUACGGCGGCGAGGACGACGACAUCCUUCUGCAGGAACUUCGGCCGCGCUUCGUCGUCAUGUAUGAGCCAAACCUCCCCUUCAUCCGGCGUCUCGAGGUGUACAAGAACUGCAACCCCGGCCUGGCGCUGCGCGUAUAUCAGAUGACGUACACCAAUUCGUUCGAGGAGGACCGAUACCUCGCAACAAUGCAGCGGGAGGCGGACGCGUUCCACAAGCUCAUUGAGGACCGCGCGGGAAUGGUCAUUCCCAUCUUCAACAAUGACCCCCGAGCACCGAUGCGAGACAGUGUCGUGCGCUCCCGGACGACGUACUCUACGCGCAAUGCUGGAGGUGGGGAGGCUGCACAGGAGUCUCGGAUCGUUGUCGAUAUCCGCGAGCUGGGCGCCCUCCUGCCGUCACUUAUCGACGCCGCGGGCAUUAUCGUGGUUCCUGCCACACUCAGCGUUGGUGACUACAUCCUCACACCCAAGAUGUGUGUCGAGCGCAAGGCAUUGCCCGAUCUGGAGCAGAGUCUCGCGAACGGCCGACUCCAUACCCAGUGCGAGGCGAUGAGCGCGCACUACGAAAUUUGCAUCCUGCUGAUCGAGUUCGAGGAGGGCAAGUUCGGUAUUCGGACAAAGGAGGACGCGCGACGCGAGUCCGCUGGACGAGGAACGACAGAAGUCGAUGGAUGGCAGGACACCUUCUACCUGCAAUCGAAGCUCGUGCUGUUGGCAUUACACUUCCCACGACUGCGGAUCAUUUGGUCGUCGUCGCCACACGAGUCGGUUAAAAUUCUUUCAGACCUGAAGCUCAACCAUGAUGAGCCGGAUGAGGAAACGGCUAUCCUGAAAGGUUCGACAGCGGACGAUCCUGACGGACUGACCCCCCACGUCGAGAACGCCGCUGCAGUCGAGAUGCUGCGGGCGAUUCCGGGCGUGUCUGGUCACAACUUGCGGCAUGUUAUGGCGAGCGUCAACACUAUCCGCGAGUUGGUCGACCUAAGCGCGGACGAUCUGAAGCGCAUUCUUGGCGACGAGAACGGUGCCAAAGCUUAUGGCUUUCUACACCAGGAUGGGCGGAGGCAGUAG